CCCGCCCGAUACCCAACCCGCCGCAAAACAUCCUCCACGACAACGGGGUUCUUCAAUUCCUCAGCCGAUCUUCCUCAAGCUCUCUCUGGACCCACGCCGUACUCGAUUGAAAAGGAAAAACACCGCCCACAAUGCGCUUCUCCGCAGCAACCAUCCUGCUCGCCUCGCUGAGUUGGAUCACCUCCGUCGCCGCACACAACAUCCAGCUCCGCGCUCACUCCCGAGAAUGCUUCCACGAGACACUACACAAGGAUGACAAGAUGACCGUGUCUUUCCAGGUCGGCGAUCGCGAGUUCGGUGGGAGCGGGAACCUCGAGAUUGAUUUCUGGGUCGAAGACCCCUCAAAGAACCGCCAGUACUACAAGCAAUCCGUCUCCUCGGAAGACUACUCGUUCACCGCACACGCCGACGGUAAAUACGUCUACUGCUUCAGCAACGAGGGCUGGACCUCGAACUCCAAGGAGGUCUCCUUCAAUGUCCACGGAAUCGUCUACGUCCCCGAAUCGGAACUCGCGCAGGAUCCUCUCGAGACGGAAGUCCGCCGACUCCUCGAGGCACUGGCCCAGGUUAAGGACGAGCAGUCGUACAUUGUCGUCCGCGAGCGCGUACACAGAAACACGGCCGAGAGCACGAACGCGCGAGUCAAGUGGUGGAGUAUCUUCCAGCUUGCGGUGCUUAUUGGCGAGGGUAUUUUCCAGGUGUGGUGGUUGAAGAGAUUUUUCGAGGUCAAGCGCGUUGUCUAAAAUGUACGUUUUAUGAGAGAUAGGGGGUUGGGUUGUCGGCUAUGUAUGGCCCUUUCUACAUUAGAUGGGAGUAUGAUACUUGAACGAUCUUUUAUAUUAUAUAUUUUAUCUUGAGAGUUCUGAGCUCUAGCGUUAUGUUCCGGAUUCGACCUUCCCUAGAAACAAGGCUACAUACAUCAUCCCAGCCAGCAGAGCGGUCAUAGACAUGACCAUGGCAAUGGCAAUUUGACGUUAUUUAUCCAAGGUCCAUACAACGUUGGACCUGCUCGAAGGCAAUUGAAGUUAGUCAACUCUGGACAUUCAACCUGCCGAACGACCACCAACC